UAGAGUCAAUUACGUAUUGAAUCUGAAGGUUCUAUAAAAGCCCACACCCCUGCUUCGCUGUUCUCACAUUUUCUACGUAUUGAAUCUCAAGAUUCUAAGAGAGAUUUUGCUGCUCUUUGAAGAAGGGUGUUUGCUUGAUUUUGGUGAUGUCGCUGCUCUCAGAUCUCAUCAACCUUAACCUCUCAGACACUACUGAGAAGGUGAUCGCAGAGUACAUAUGGAUCGGUGGAUCAGGAAUGGACCUGAGGAGCAAAGCAAGGACUCUCCCAGGACCAGUUAGCGACCCUUCAAAGCUUCCCAAGUGGAACUAUGAUGGUUCCAGCACAGGCCAAGCUCCUGGAGAAGACAGUGAAGUGAUUAUAUACCCACAAGCCAUUUUCAGGGAUCCAUUCAGAAGGGGCAACAAUAUCUUGGUUAUCUGUGAUGCUUACACUCCAGCUGGAGAACCCAUUCCCACUAACAAGAGGCACGAUGCUGCCAAGGUUUUCAGCCAUCCUGAUGUUGUUGCUGAAGAGACAUGGUAUGGUAUUGAGCAGGAAUACACCUUGUUGCAGAAAGAUAUCCAAUGGCCUCUUGGGUGGCCUGUUGGUGGUUUCCCUGGACCACAGGGUCCAUACUACUGUGGUGUUGGCGCUGACAAGGCUUUUGGCCGUGACAUUGUUGACGCACAUUACAAAGCCUGUCUUUAUGCUGGCAUCAACAUCAGUGGAAUUAAUGGAGAAGUGAUGCCCGGUCAGUGGGAAUUCCAAGUUGGACCUUCAGUUGGAAUCUCAGCUGGUGACGAGGUGUGGGCAGCUCGUUACAUCUUGGAGAGGAUCACUGAGAUUGCUGGUGUGGUGGUUUCCUUUGAUCCCAAGCCAAUUCAGGGUGAUUGGAAUGGUGCUGGUGCUCACACAAACUACAGCACUAAGUCCAUGAGAAAUGAUGGUGGCUAUGAAGUGAUCAAAACCGCCAUUGAGAAGUUGGGGAAGAGACACAAGGAGCACAUUGCUGCUUAUGGAGAAGGCAACGAGCGUCGUUUGACAGGGCGCCACGAAACCGCUGACAUCAACACCUUCUUAUGGGGAGUUGCAAACCGUGGAGCUUCAGUUAGGGUUGGGAGGGACACAGAGAAAGCAGGGAAGGGAUAUUUUGAGGACAGAAGGCCAGCUUCUAACAUGGACCCAUAUGUGGUUACUUCCAUGAUUGCAGACACAACCAUUCUGUGGAAGCCAUGAGCAAAACUUGCAUGUUGUCUCCCUUUGGAUGGAACAAGGAACAAGGAACAAGGAACAAGGAACAGUUAUGCUUUUCUAAGUAGGGUUUGGUCCUUUUUAUUUUUUACCUUUUGAUUUUUCUAGGAUUUCGAUUUGUGGCUACUUUGGUUGGUGCAACCAACUGCCAAGGGUUGUUCAUUGUUUUCUAUUCCUUUCCCUCGUUUUCCGAUUGUUACAAUAAUAAUAAUAAUAAUGUAAUAUGGUUAUUUUCAGUCUCAAACAAAAGUAAUGCUGAUUGUGAAGUAUAAUAAUAUAUGAAAUUGUCAUGUCCAUUGGAGUUGGGA